CCCGUCCGAGAGCUAUCAACGCUCGCUGGUAUCACCGCAAACGCCUCAAAGCCUGCGACCGCCCGUAUCGCCCGGCAGCAAUCCGAUAGAAGAGCGACUGGCUGCGAUUUUGCUGCCCGUAUCUCUCACAGCCAGGCCCUGGCGGAGAGAAUUGCUGUUUGGAGCUACCCCGCCACCACCGAAGCUCCACGAUUGAUCCGAGCGCCGCAGGAGGCAAUUGGCGUCUGCACGUCGGAUGACGGCUUCAUUGCGGUCAAUUGACAGCUUUGCACGCCUGGAAGCUGUAGUCUUUGACCGAAAGCAGGAGAGAGCGCCAGCUGCUAAUUCACGCCGCACGAUCUGGCAGCCCGCUCAUACGCAAACUUCCCCUCAUUGACAUCUCAGCUCAAAGCAAACAUGCCUCCUCCCUAUCCUCCGCGCUUCGCCUACUACGACGGCAAGCUUCAGCAGGCCACCUCGACAUCCUCCUUCCAGACGCUCGAUCCCGCAACCGCACAGCCCCUCGCCGACAUCCACACCACCGCACAUAGCGCCAUAGACGCCGCUGUCGCCUCAGCGCGGAAAGCAUUCCCCGCAUGGUCAUCCACGCCCCCCAUCGAGCGUGCACGAAUACUACAGAAAGCCGCCGCUAUCCUCCGGUCCCGAAACGAUGAGCUUGCGAACAUCGAGACACAUGACACAGGGAAGGCUUUCUCAGAGACGUCGACAGUGGACAUCGUAACAGGCGCCGAUGUGCUCGAAUACUUCGCAAACAUGGUGGGAGGUGGAGGCCUGAACGGCGAGACAGUCCAGCUGAGACCCAAUGCGUGGGUGUACACUACAAAGAAUGCUCUCGGGGUGUGCGCAGGCAUUGGAGCCUGGAACUACCCAAUUCAAAUCGCUCUCUGGAAAUCGGCGCCCUGCCUAGCAACCGGAAACACAAUGGUCUACAAGCCCUCCGAAUUUACACCACUGCACUCGACCGUGCUCGCGGAGAUAUACACAGAAGCCGGAGUACCGCCAGGCGUCUUCAACGUUGUCCAGGGCCGCGGAGAUGUCGGCGCAUACCUCACACAACAUCCCGGCAUUGCCAAAGUCAGCUUCACAGGACAGGUAUCAACAGGCCAAAAAGUAGCAGGGAGCGCAGCAGGCGGCAUGAAGUACGUCACCAUGGAACUCGGCGGCAAAUCUGCCUGCGUCAUUCUCCCAGACGCAGACAUCGAUCAAGCAGUCGACGGCGCCAUGAUGGCGAACUUCUUCUCGACUGGCCAAGUUUGCACCAACGGAACCCGCGUCUUCGUCCCUGAAUCCAUGAAAUCCCAGUUUGAGCAGAAGCUGCUAGAGAAAGUAAAGCAUAUCCGCCCCGGCGACGUCUUCGACCCGAACACCAAUUUCGGGCCGCUAGUCAGCAAGCCGCACUACGACAAAGUGCAAUCCUACGUCAAACACGGCAUCGAAGUGGACAAAGCAACCCUCCUCUGCGGCGGCCUCGAUAAACCCACCUGGCUCGCUAGCCACCGCGACAAGGACUACCAAAACGGCUACUGGAUCCAGCCCACGGUCUUCACAAACUGCUCCGACAGCAUGCGCAUCGUGCGCGAGGAGAUCUUCGGCCCGGUAAUGACCAUCCUUCCCUACCGCACUGUCGACGAAUGCAUCGCCCGCGCCAACAACACCACGCUCGGAUUAGCCGCCGGUGUGUUUACCAAAGAUCUGAAUCUCGCUCACCAGGUCAUUGCGAAGCUGGAAGCCGGCAUCACCUGGGUGAAUACAUGGGGAGAAAGCCCGGCGGAGAUGAGUGUCGGGGGGUGGAAGAUGAGCGGUGUGGGCGUUGAGAAUGGGCGGAGGGGACUGGAGGCGUGGGUCAGGAAUAAGAGCACACUGGUAGAGAUGGGUGGGGAGGUGCCGACGGUUUUUGCGAAGCUGUAAAGGGCCGUGAAGAGCGGAAAUUGUAUAUAUAUCUAUGAAAAUUAUAGGACAGAUGCUUCGUA